AAGUUUCAGGACGUUUCAAAUAUUUUACCAACAAAUGAAUCUCCCAAAAAAGUAAAACCAAAAUCUUUCCCCAAAAUAUCGUCGAAUCCCGAAACUACCCCCCAACAUCCUAAAAUUACCCAAGCUUCAUCGAAAUAAUCCCAGUUCUUCAUCUCCAUCUUUAUGGGUAAAAUCGUCAAAUUAAAAAAAAACCCAGAAAUAGUUAAGGACUUAAAGCGUUAAAUCAUUCUUCGCUAAGACCUGUCUUCCUCCCUCCCUUCAAAGUCUUCAAUCCAAAUCCUCAAAUUCUCUCUCCUCCUCAAAUUCCUAGGGUUUCUGAAAACCCCCAAUUCAAUUGAUAAAAUACGUGGAAUUUCUGUUCAAGUAAUAAGAAAUUUGCUCAAUUGAAAAUGGCGAAUGUUGUUGAAGAGGAGGAAUUCGUGGUGUUAUCGAAGGUACGAGCUGGGCAUAAGCGAGAGUUUCAGUUUGCUCUUAAAUCGCAGAAUGAAAUCGCUGGGUUACUGAGUCGAACCCGAGUUCGGAAGGUUCCAGUGACGAAGUUGAACGACUUUCCGGCUGCGAAUAAGAUAAUGAAGAUUUCCGCGGGAAGGAUGAGGAAGAAAAUGUCUCCUCCUAAAGGAAUGGAGAGUGAGGAUGAGCCAGAGAGUGACGUGGUGGAUGUGAUGAGUGAUGACGAGUGUAAUCGUCAUCACAUUGUGGAGAGUCAAAGGAGGGAGAAUGUGAAAGUGAAUGGAAGUGAAGAUGAGAGUGACCAUGUUGUUGAUGAUGAAAGGAGUAGCGUAUUGAAGAAGUUUCCUACGAAAUUGAAGGAGCUUCUCGAAACUGGGUUGCUGGAGGGAUUAUCUGUUAAGUACAUUCGUGGCUGUAAGAAAUUUCCGAGCGGCACUGGACUUGCUGGAAUUGUAAGAGGGUGUGGGAUUUUGUGUUUUUGUGAUGAUUGCCAGGGUAUUCAAGUUGUAACUCCUAAUCAGUUCGAAUUGCAUGCGGGUAGUGCAAACAAACGUCCACCAGACUACAUAUUUCUGGAGAAUGGAAAGAGCCUUCGGGAUAUUAUGACAGCGUGCAAGAAUGCCAAUCCGAAGUACUUGGAGGUCACAAUCCUAAAUGCGAUAAGUUCUUCUACUGAAAAGAAAUUGGCAUUUUGUGUUGAAUGCAAAGAACCUAUUUCUGAUGCUGGUAUUGGAAGAACGGCACUACUUUGCAGUUCAUGCUCAGAAUCUGAAGCUUCUUGUGCGACCCCAAUACAAGGCAUUGAUACUUAUGAAAGAUAUGGUCAGCCUGUUUCGCAAAUAUCAUCUAGUCGUGCCUCAAAAACCAGCUCCCAAUCAGAUAAAAAUCAGGGCAAGAUAACGCUCAAGGACUUGCGGUUGCAUAGAUUGGUAUUCCAGGGUGACAAUUUACCCGAGGGUACAGAAUUGGGAUACUAUGUUCAUGGAAAGAAGCUUUUGUCUGGCUACAAGCUAAACUCUGGAAUUUUCUGUUACUGCUGCAACGAGGAGGUUAGCCCAUCUCAGUUUGAGGCACAUGCUGGUUUUCCUUCUCGCAGGAAGCCUUACCUCAAUAUAUACACAUCGAAUGGCGUAUCCCUUCACGAAUUGUCACUCACUUUAUCAAGAACCAGCCAGUUCUCAACAGAUGAGAAUGAUGAUCUGUGCAGUGUCUGCCAUGGUACAGGGGAUCUAUUAUGUUGUGAUGGCUGUCCAAGAUCAUUUCAUUUAGAAUGCAUCUCUCUACCAAGGGUUCCACAAAAUAAAUGGUAUUGCAAGUGCUGUGAGGAUAUGUUCCAGAAGGAGAAAUUUGCUGAGCGCAAUCCAAAUGCUAUAGCAGCUGGUCGAGUCCCUGGAGUUGACCCAAUCGAGCAGAUAACUAAUCGCUGCAUUAGAAUUGUUAAAACCAUUAAUAUUCAAGAUAGUGGGGGCUGUACAUUGUGCAGAGUCCAAGAUUUUUGUAAAUCAGGAUUUGGACCGCGUACGGUCAUAAUAUGUGAUCAGUGUGAAAAAGAAUAUCAUGUAGGCUGUAUGAGGAAGCAUAAGAUGCAGGACUUAAAGGAGUUGCCUGUAGGGGAUUGGUUUUGUUGUUCCGACUGUGAAAGGAUCAAUUCUUUUCUCAAGAAUUUGAUUGAGGGAGGUGAGCAAAAGCUGCCAGAUCAUCUCAAUGAUGUGGUAAAGAAAAAGGUCAUAGAGAAAGAUUCGAGUGUGUCCGAUCUUGAAGUAACAUGGAGGGUUUUAAAUGGGGGAAAGUUAUCUCUUGAUGAGAUGAGACCAUUUCUUUCGAAGGCUGUUUCUGUUUUCCAUGAGCAAUUUGAUCCAAUCCUCUAUGGUGAACUAAAGCAAGAUCUUAUCCCGCACAUGGUCUAUGGGAGGAAUUUGAAGGGAAAAGAAUUUGGAGGCAUGUUUUGUGCAGUGAUUACUGUGAACUCAAUAAUUGUCUCAUCUGCUGUUUUCCGUGUAUUUGGGAAGGAGGUUGUUGAAGUUCCCUUGGUCGCAACGAGUAAGGAUUGUGUAGGAAGGGGUUAUUUCCAAUGCCUAUAUUCAUGUAUGGAGAGAUUGUUUGAAGAUCUGGGUGUAAAGAAUAUUUUACUUCCGUCUGCUGAGGAGACGAGAUCAUUGUGGAUGACCAAAUUUGGUUUCAGUGAGAUGCCGCAAGAGGAGCUCGAUGAUUUGAGAAAGCGUUAUGCUCUGAUGAUUUUUGAUGGAACAUCAAUGCUGCAUAAGAUGGUCCCUAGGUCCGAAACCUGAGUUUUUAGGCUGAUUGUGGACCGAAAAAGGAAGGAUCGCUUUUGUUCAAAGUGUAUAGAUUUUGACUUUGUACACAGGAUAAAUAUCGGUGAAAUACUACUAGCAAGAAAUUCUUUUGCCUUUUCAGAUUGGGUAAUAUACACAAGUACAAUAUAGUCGGUGAAAUCUUCGUUGGCUAGAAUCAGGAAGUUUUGAAAGAAAAAUAUACAGAGUAGGAUUUUGUUUAGUACAUAGUUUGAUCUUAAAAAGCUUUUGCACUUUGUAAACUUACUGCAGCAGUUGAAACACAUUUUGCAGCAUAUUUGUAAAUACUUAUCUUACUUUUUUCAUAGCUUAAAUUGCCGCAGGCAUCUUAAUCAA